CGGGAAAUUGCAUAGUGAAUUGGAUAUGGUGAAAAUGAAUGUGAAAGUCAUGACUGCCAUAUUGAUGGAGAACACUCCUGGGUCUGAAAACCCUGAAGACGUAGAGCUCCUGAAGAAACUUUACAAGACGGGUCAGGAGAUGCAGGAGAGGAUCAUGGACCUGCUGGUGGUCGUGGAAAAUGAAGAUGUGACUGUUGAGUUAAUUCAAGUGAAUGAGGACCUGAAUAACGCCAUCCUGGGGUAUGAGAGGUUUACUCGAAACCAACAAAGGCUUCUGGAACAGAAUAGGAGCCCGAAGGAAACCACCAAUACUUCCAACGAGCCCUCUGCUCCUUCCUGUGAUCUUCUGGACCUAAGUCCUGUCGUGCCAGUGCCCGUGUCCAAUGGAGGAGGUCUCAGCACCGUGAAUGCUCAGCUGUCAGGCUUAAGUGUCAACUCUCCAAGCCCUGUCACCACAAACAACUUGUAUCCCAGUCUUCAUCCACAAGUGGAUUUGCUAGCAUCAGAAAAUACAGAAAUACCCACCCUGUUUGCCCAAAGGACCAGCCAAAACCUUGCCUCAAGUCACACGUAUGAUAAUUUUCCGAAACACUCCAAUUCAGUAUUACUUCAGCCAGUACAGAGUGUCACAGCAGCGCCAUCGAGCCAGAGGCUGCCGCCGUUGCCCAGUCGUCCAGUGACAACAAGCAAUGAUCUCCAGCCACCC